AGUGUCACCGGCGCGCGUUGAUCAGUGUCAUUUAAAUACGAAAGAGAAGAUCAGUAAUCAGUUUCUUGCUUUUCGAAAGAUUAACGCAGAGAGAUGUUCUUUCGGUUGUUCCUCUUUCUUGCGGCCAUUGUCGGAUUCGCAGUAGCUCAAAUUCCUUCUUACAUACCCGUAUGCGGACUCAGAAAUCCGAAUCUCGACAAAUGCAUCAUCAACAGCGUGAUUACUGUGACUGAGAAGCUGCAGCACGGAAUUCCGGAGUUGGAUCUCCCGCCAGCUGAUCCAUUGAACAUUGGAACAUUCGUGCUUACGGACUUGCCGAAUUUCAAGGCGGUCGGUUCGGACGUGAAGCUGAAAGGGCUGAGCAAUUACCACAUAAAUUUCUUUCACCUGGACGUUGAGAAGCAAAGGACAGACAUAAAUAUAACAUUUGAUGAACUGUCGUUAAACUCUGUUUUCAAUGUCACCGCUCGGAUCUUGUUCCCGAUAGAGGAAACAGGAAACGUUCUGCUCACUGCAAGGAACGCGAAUGCUCACAUAGUCCUGACGUACGUGGUGACCAAACGUGGUGACAAACGAUAUCACUACUACUCGUCAAUGAGCAUAAAAUUGAUUGUCACGGACUUCGACGUAGAAUUCCACGGGCACAGCUUUGACAAAACCCUGCAGGAGGCGAUCGAGCAAACAAUACAACACAAUAAGAAGGAAUUGUUGGACGCAAGCAUAGGGAACUUAGAGAAGGCCACUUCGAAGAAGUGUCUUGAAAUAAUUAACAACUUGACCAAGCAUUUCACGUACGACGAGAUGUUACCCGAUCGGGAGUAAACCAGACAAGUUAAGCGAUCGGAUUUGCCAAUCACCGGGAAAGGAGAUGAAAGGGAAACUACAGACUAAACACCGAACUGAACUGAAUCAAACUUUGUGUAUUAGAGAGACGAAAGUGCAAGGAGGGUGGGAGAGAAAAGUUUGUACAUAAUACUGUGGAAUAAAGAACACUCGUUCUCAA